GUGUGGCGCCUUCCCUCUCUUGGGGUACAGCACUACGAUACCGUUGGGGUCACUCGAACCCCCAGAACUGAGCCUCUACUUUACUCAAUACUCUUUGGCUAGUACAUUGGACGCCAAUACAUGUGAAUAGCUUGCAUUUGCUGGUGGUUGCCUGUGUUGUGCUUGUUCUCAUUCGUGCAGUCUUAUCUGUGUUAAUUUUCAGGAAAAAACAGUCAACUAAUGGGCCUGAGCUCCAUAGUACGUAACAUUCUCCUUGGAAUCCCAAUUGGAGUAACAUUCGUCAACACUGUGGGAUAUGUCGCACGAGUGGAGGGAAUAUCGAUGCAGCCAGCACUGAAUCCAAAUGCUAAAGAGUAUGACUAUGUCUUUUUGAAUUGCUGGACUGUGCACAAUUACAAUAUCAAUUACGGUGAGAUAAUUUCAUUCAAAUCUCCGAAAAAUCCAGAGCAGAAAUUGAUAAAGAGAGUCAUUGGAUUAGAGGGAGACGAAGUGCGAACGAUUGGCUACCACACUUCAAUUCUAAGGGUGCCAGAAGGUCACUGUUGGGUCGAAGGUGAUAAUACAAAUCACUCAGUAGAUUCUAACACAUUUGGUCCACUAUCUCUUGGUCUGGUUAUAGCCAAAGCAACCCACGUUGUCUGGCCACCCAGUCGAUGGCAGCAUCUCAAUUCACUGAUUCCUAAACAUAGAAGCCCUUUAAGAGUAUCCAAGCAAUCACAGCCUGCAUAAAUUCCAUUUUAAAAUGAGAGCAGUGA